AUGCCUUCCACUAAAUCCCCCGAGAGUUUUGAAAACGGCACCACAAAGUCCUGGAAGCAGCUUGCCACUCAGAAACGCGCUCAACGUGAUCAGUACGUAUCGUAUUGGCAGCCAGGCCCUGUGCCUGCUUUACCUCCAGGUAAAACGUACGUUCGCGACAUUCCUCGCUGCAGUGGACUUCUCACCGAAGAGCAAUUCCACAUCACUGAAAGCUCCACGAGCCAGAUAUUGGAGAAUUUAGCCUCUGGAUACUGGACCGCUGAGUCAGUAAUACGGGCCUUCAUUGCACGCGCCACCAUUGCCCACCAUCUAACAAACCCUCUCACAGAGGUUUUCUUCGACCGUGCCAUAGAGCGGGCCCAGGAUCUCGACAGAGUCUUGAAGGAGACAGGAAAACGAGUUGGGCCGCUACAUGGACUACCAAUGAGCCUCAAAGAUGUGAUGCAAAUAGCCGGACAGGAAACGACGGUGGGCGUCGUAGCAAAUAUUGGCUACAUUCCCGCGGUAGAAGACAGACUCGUGACGAAGCUUCAAGAUGCCGGGGCCGUAUUCUACUGCAAAACUAAUGUGCCCCAAACGCUGAUGUCAGGAGAGUGCAAUAAUUUCAUAUUUGGACGCACCUCAACGCCUUUUAACACGUUACUGUCUGCCGGCGGAUCGAGCGGCGGCGAAGGAUCUCUUAUUUCCCUCGGCGGUAGUCCGUUAGGAAUAGGAACAGAUAUUGCAGGGUCCAUCCGGACACCAGCAAAUUUCAAUGGUAUUUAUGGCCUUUGCCCUUCUCCUGAUCGUUUCCCAAGCCACUCAGCAGAAAAUUCAUCGGGGGAUUUAAUCAUCCGCGGAGUGGCCGGGCCCAUUGCCCGAAGUAUAGAUGGGCUCGAAGUCUACGCUCGAACGUUGUUGGGGCUCAAACCUUGGGAGUGGGACUAUACCUGUAUCAAGAUGCCCUGGAGAGAAGAAGAGUACCAAGCAGGACGAGGUCAAAAACACCCUUUGUGCUUCGCGUUUAUGCCACAUGAUUCAGUCGUCUAUCCGAAUCCUCCUAUUCUGCGCGGGAUGCAAGAAUUGAAGAGCGCUCUGCUACGUGCAGGGCACGAAGUUCUUGAUAUUGUGCCUUGGGAUGGAAGAGAACUUAUGGAUGCUGCCUGGUCAAUUUUCUCGGCGACUGGGGGCGAGGAGAUUGUGAAAAUGCUCGGUACUUUUAACGAGCCUUUAAUUCAAGAAGUCGAAGCUCCCAAUCCUGCAAAAAGGCUCUCGAUAUUGCAAUUUAAUAACGUUAUCAUUAAAAUCAAACAGCUUCGGCAAAAAUAUCUCGACAUAUGGCAGGCGACAGCGUCACAGACCGGGACGGGUAUGCCUGUUGACGCGAUCAUUUUACCUUCGGGUGGAACAGUUGCUUCACCACAUGGAACAAUGGAAUACUUCACGUAUGAAGCCAUUUCCAACAUUCUGGAGUGGACUUGUGCGACUAUCCCAGUGACAAAAGUUGAUCCAUUGCUUGAUCCGAAACCGCAGGGACCAUUUGAGCCAAUGUCAGAUCAUGAUCAGCGUAACUGGAAUAAAUACAGUCCUGAAUACUACAAAGAUGCCCCCGUUUGCCUACAGGUCCUCGGACGCCGGCAUGAAGAGGAGAAGGUUUUGGGUCUACUCAGAACAAUAGACAAUGCGCUAGGCAGAGGAGAAUUUUAUAUGGCAUAA